UUUACAUAUUAGGUGUGACCAUGGCAAACAGUAAUGCAGGACGACACGAGCGCCUUGGACAUGUAUUCUUGCAAAACGAAGCGAAUCACGGGGAUCUGGGCCUGGUCGGGUGUCUGUAGUAGUUUAUCCCUCCCGUCUGACUCAUUGAAGAACUCUUCGUCCAGCUUGAGGAAAACAAUCCUAGAUGCCGUGCCUACCUUAUGGCUCCAGGCAUCAACUCGCCACUUCCCUCCAAGAGGACACCCAGCUGUCCCUGUUGGUAAACCCAGCUGUCCCUGUUGGUAAACCCAGCUGUUCCUGCUGAAUUUAACAUUAGACACUUGAAGAGAGGCAUAGUGGCUCCCCCCACUGGUGGUGGCUGGGAUCACUUUACUUUUGGGAACCAGUGGAAGACCUACAUUUCUUAAUGGCUUAACAAAAAUAGAUGGCUAACCAGACACCUGGAGAACAUAUGCUUGAAGUUGCAAGUAGGUGAGGUUUUGAUUGGCUGAGGUUUGAGAAGCAAGGCCUCACGAAUCAGACCACAUGGAGGUUAAAGGGCGUCUCAUCACAUCCAUGGGUGUGCGGUCUCCAGAUCAGGACAGCAAGCUGCAAGCUGAGCGCAUCUCCACACUACAGGAGAGAAAGCAAAUCCUGGAGGACAUCCUCAGCAGCCGAAUGGGAGAGCUGAGACAAGUGUGUCUCCUGGAGGCGGAGCUGACCGGGAUGGUCCCACAUGCUUUUCCCCUGGAGACAGGAGAGAGAUCUCCUGUUGUACAGCGCAGGGCUGGACUGGCACAUUACAACACCAAGGGAGAGGAUGAGUCAGGUCAGCGAAGGCAGAUGAAAACACUCUUCAGUGGGGCUCUGUACAGACACUCAGAGUCAGACAGGAAUGUCCCCAACAGCAGGAGGACCGUCCACCGGGGAUGUCACACAGAGGACACAGUGAUGUCGGAGAGUACUAGCUCCAUGUCAGAUUCAACGUUCCAUGACAAUGAGGAGUCCUCUCCCAGUGUGGCAGAAGACCACCGCUCCAUGUCCCAGCCCCGUCUGGGCAGCCCAGACCACCAGGUCUGUAGGAAACUGUCCCCAGUAGAGAUAUACUAUGAAAUGAGAACACGCCGUAACUCUGUGACCAGCUCUAUCAGCCCUAGUCAUUCUCUACCAAGGAGUGCAUCUAAUGUUGAAGGCAGAAGUGUUCCUGCUACCCCCCUCCUCGCCCGAACCGCCCCAAUCAGUGUUCAUGUCAGAUCAGAUGACUCUGGUGGGAUUUCACUAAAGCAGUGGUCUGGCAGCCUGGAUGUACCACAUAUGGAGCCCCUGGCCCAGGAAGGCUCCUCCUCGGAGCGCAGAGGCUGCCCUUACAGCUCCUGUGCCCGGCGGAGCAACAGUUCUGAGGCCCUGCUUGACCGCUCCAGUCUCCCCGAGGACCCAGCCCCCAGGAAUGGGAUGCCCCCCAGAGGAGGGCCUUACAAAAGUUCUGAGGCCCUCACUGACGGCAAGCUGAGGCACAUCCACCUGGGCAGUCCUGAGAGACAGGAGCAGGCCAACCUGCGGCUGUCCAUGGGUGGGAGAGUAGAAGCAGCAGAAGGAGGGGGUUACAACGAGCUCCUAAUGGAUUACAUCUGGGGAAAGCAACAGAGGAUGCAAGUGCAACACCAGCUGUACCAAUCAACAGGUAGAAUCUGGCAGGACAUUUCCUCUCCUCGAUCGUCCACUGCUGCAGUGCCUCCUCCCGCCAAUGGCUUCUCCCACUCCCAGGUGCAUCUUCCCAGCGCUACUCCUUCCUACAGUCCCAGAGUGAUCCAUAGCUCCCAGGCAGAGCCUCGCAGAGUCAAAGUCACCCGGACCAAGUCCUGCGGACCCUUCAUCCCCCUGCAGCAGGACGCCAUCCUGCUCUCUGCCUAUGAGUCUCCCCACCCUGCCCCAAGCUCCACUACCUCCUCCAUUCCCAACCUGCACCCCUUCCAAACUGAGCUGUCCGGCCCAUCAUUCAAUCGCAGGCCUCCCCAGUUCUCUCUCCCCACCCCUGAGGACUCGACGAGGAGUCUGCAUAAAGCCUUGGCGCUGGAGGGUCUCAGAGACUGGUAUCUGAGGAACGCCCUCGGCUACCCUACCACUACAUCGAAGGGGCAUGAUGCAGGGGUCUCCCGUCUCUCAUACCCCCACCCUUUGGUGCACCAGGCUCAGUCUAUACAAGGCGAUCCACUCCAUAGGUCCCAGAUGUCUCAGUCAGCCAGCUUCCAUGGCCACCCACUGCAUGGAAGGUCAAUGGAGUUCUCACUCUAUCAAGAGCCCAUUCAUCCUCAGAUGCAAGACAUGACAACAAAGGAGCCUAGUGCUGACCCUGGCACUUUGGUCUGAUGUAGCUGAAUAUAUAUUCAAACACAUACGUGCACAGACAGACAGGCAGACAGGCAGACAGACAGGCAGACAGGCAGACAGGCAGACAGGCAGACAGGCAGGCAGGCAGGCAGGCAGGCAGGCAGGCAGGCAGGCAGGCAGGCAGGCAGGCAGGCAGGCAGGCAGGCAGGCAGGCAGGCAGGCAGGCAGUAAAAGGAGCUGAUAUAAGGUGACCUCACAAGCUAAGGCGGGCAGGCAGUAAAAGGAGCUGAUAUAAGGUGACCUCACAAGCUAAAAACAACAACAUUACAACCACAGCAGAAAAAGACUGUAAAGCCGUUCUGAAUGCCCUCUGUUGAAAAUGAGCCCACCAACUUUUGACCCCUAGAUCGCAAAGCAAGAAAUGGAUUUGCACUGGAGCUGUCCCAGGAGUCACAGAAUAUAUUGUUAUUCUGUAGCUACUGUAUUGUAUUCUAUCGUUGGUCAGACCCAAGCCACAUGUAACAAACAUCCUCGUUGUUUAACCUAACAAAUCUCCCAAUAUAUCAUUUUUUUUACAGAAUAAAGUAUAUGUAUUCUAAAUUACUAUGUUGUAUCUUCUGAGAUAUAAAGAAUAGUUAUAUAAAAGAGGUAAUUUAGUGUCUGUGAUUUACAAAAAUAUAUAAUGAACUCAUAUCAACUAAAAAGUAUUUAUACACACCAGUGAACGUGUAAAUGAACCUGUUUGUAAACAUUAAUAUAUAUGUCUUAUCUCUUCAUCUGUCCAUCAAACAUACGCAUUUCAACUGUGCUUGCUAUUUCUCAUGUCUUUCAAGCGAACACAAAUCCUUUCAAAGCUUGGUCUUCAAUCAACAAAUGAAAGAAAUUCCUGUUGUUGCCAAAUUGUUGUUUCAUGCAAGCUGUUUUUUUCUGCAUUUCCUAAGAGUCCAGCUGGUGAAAGGACAUAAUAGCCAAGUUCAGAUAAAAACCUGAGGACUUUUAGAGGUCUAUGACAGUCGUUUAAUGAACUUUCUAUUAAUUUCUAUUCAUUCAGUUGCGUAGCAUGUUUUCCUUCAGGGCACUUUAUGAACUUCAAAAGCCUUAACCAAUUGCAUUAGUGGGAUGGGGAAAUUGUCCCCAAGAGAGAACACACUAAAACCAGAAAAUGCUUGACAGCGUAUGAAUUUUGAGCAAAUAAGAAAAGUGUUACCAUGUUCAAGUCUACGUCAAGGUGGAAGUUUUGUGGCCCAUUUGGACAUUCACGAUCAGAGUGAUGUCGUGUAUAAUAUUAUGUAUUUAUAAGAUUGUAACAACAUUAUCAACAAUAAACCACAUAUUUGGAUCUGUAUGUAUCAUGAUAAUAAGCUAGAUUUGAUUCUAAAUUCCUUUAUAAACUGAUGUCAACUUAAUGUGGAGAAAUGAAAAGGGGUCUAACUAGAACAUGGCUAGGGGAUGGGACUGUUGGCAUGAGCAGGCCUUAUGUCAGAACUCAUAAAUGUGGUAGUAUGAGAUUACGUUUCCAUUGUAUCAUGUAAUACGCUACUCCUAUUGGUGGCACAAUGUUAUCAUAAUGCUAAAAUUAUUUUAAGUAAUUAAUGCCAUUCCCAUAUACCACCGCAAUUCAAGAACAGCUCUUUUAUAAGCUUCCCAUGACAUGUGCUUGUUUGUUCUUGUGUAUCUUAGGUUCAUGAUUAUACCGUUAUAAAAGGGCAUCACUAACAACCUGAAUGGUAGGAAAUGAAUACCUCUGGAAAGAAAUGUAUGAGUAGCUAAUAAUGAUCUUUCAUUUUAACUGAUUAAUGUCAUGGCUUCAUCUAUUGACAUGUUUUACAGGUAAAGCUAUUCCUUUUAUCUCAAGUACCUUUAAUGGAAUGUUAUAUUGGUUUUAAAUGUUGGCAUUUUCACAUUCAAUAGUUUGUGUGUGAAUUUCUUGAAGCUAGUCUAAACCUGAAACUGAUGACCAAACUGCUGUGCAUUGGGGGUCGUAAAUGUAUUUUUCAGGUGAUGUACUUAUGUCUGUAAAACAUAAAUGAAUAUACAUUUUGCUCGAAGGAAAUUUAUCCAGAAUAUAUAUUGUAUAUUUAUGAACUUAUAACAUUUUGUAUCUAUUUGUGAAAUACAUUAUACAACUGUCAUAAACUGUCAUAAAACCCAUUCAGCACCAGCCAGAGAAGUGUGGUGUUAACUAACAUUUACAAGUGUAUUAGUUGUAGCUUUUUGAAGAAUGAGUUAUGUUGAUUGACUGGAAUUGUUUGUGACAUAUUGACUGAAAUCCCUAUCUGUUUUUCUCCUGAUAUUUUUUUCAUCCUCUGUCCAUAUUUCAAAGGGGUGAGAAAUACUGUACAGUUUAUGUUUGAGGAGGAUGGGGUACAUUCAUUGAUAUAUUUUAAAUAAAGUAUCAU